CGAGAACAAAGUGGCCAAGCUGCUGCUGGGCUGCCUCAAGUGCUGCUUCUGGUGCCUGGAGAAGUUCCUCAAGUUCCUCAACAGGAACGCCUACAUCAUGAUCGCCGUCUACGGCACCAACUUCUGCACCUCCGCCCGCAACGCCUUCUCCCUGCUGAUGAGGAACAUCAUUCGGGUCGUGGUGCUGGAUAAAGUCACCGAUUUCCUCCUCUUCCUCGGCAAACUCCUCAUCGUGGGCGGCGUUGGGGUCCUCGCCUUCUUUUUCUUCACGCACCGCAUCAAACUGGUGGAGGACACGGCGCCGACGCUCAACUACUACUGGGUGCCCAUCCUGACGGUGCUGGUGGGCUCCUACCUCAUCGCCCACGGCUUCCUCAGCGUCUUUGGGAUGUGUGUGGACACCCUCUUCCUCUGCUUCUGUGAGUGGCCCCCCCGGGACCCCCACCCCAUAUAGGGCUCCCCGCAGCUC